AAUAAAAUUAAAAAAUUAAAAACAAAAAAAGAGGCAUAGAAAGAAAGAGAGAGAGAGGCGCAUAUCAUCGCAUACAUUCAUACUCUUAGAUACAUACAUACAAAAUCUGCCUUCUUCCAAUCCGCCUUUCUUGAUUCUCAGCAGAUAAAAAUCUCAAGCCGACGAACACUUCUUUUGUGGGGGUUUUGUUGUUGGAAUUCUUCGGGGAAGGCGUGCAAUUUUCAAUUGUUUGGGUUUUCAACAGUCCAAACGGCAGGACCACCCCGAGGCGGCGAGUUCGGGGGACGGGCGGACAGACUACUCACUGACGGACAGACUAGGGUUGUUUAUCCCCUGGCAAAGAGGAUUUUGACGGGGGGGUUCCUUUGCUUUUUCUUUCCGGCGCUGUGGAGGCCUUGGGAGAAUCUGCUAGUGCUGAUUCUGGAGUGAGAGAAACUGUUAUGGAAAAUUGAAAAUUUUGAGUUGCUGGAGUGGAGGUUUUCGAUUUACUGGACAGAGGAGUGGAUGUUUAACUUAGAAAUAACCCUAGCUUCUGUGUACAGAGCCGGAUGAAAUUCUUUGAUAUGGAUUUCUCUGAUUCUUGUUCGGAGUCCUAAGCGGUCGUAACUAGUGAUUCUGUGAUCGAUGCGUAGGAAGUUUAGAUUUGCGAAAGAAAUAUUUGGGUGAGGUGAGGUAAGGUGAGGUUAAGUUUUGUUAGAUUGUGGGGAGAGAGGGAAAUCGACAUUGAGGUUUUGACUUUCGAUUAUUAAUCCAAAGAAGGAAAGUUGAGUUGUUUCGACAUUUAUUUUCUUUUUUGUCUAUGAUAAUGAUUAGCACUAGUUAUGGAAAGAAGUGAGCCUUCAUUAGCACCGGAAUGGUAUAAAAGUGCCGGAAGCUCAGUUGGUGGCAACUCCUCGUUGCAUUCAGAUGAUCAUGGUGCAUUGAGAGUUGCGAGGAAUAAGCCUUUUGUGAAUGGUAAUGGUCAUGAUUUUGGACGAUCAUCCAGCUCAGAAAGAACUACGUCUUCCUACUUCCGUCGGAGUUCAAGUAGCAACAGUUCUGGUAAUUUUAGAUCUCACAGUAAUACAGGUAGAAACCACCACGACAGGGAUUGGGAUAAGGAACACUACGAUUCUCGAGACCCGGACAAGUCAACUUUUGGAGACCGUCGUCUUCGCGACUUUCCCGAGACCCCGGGAAACAACACUUUAAGUAAAUUUCAUAGGGAUGGAUUGAAGCGCUCUCAGUCGAUGAUUUCUGGCAAACCUGGUGGCUCAUGGCAUAAUAGAGUUGCAACUGAGUCGAGCAGUGGGAAUGUGAAGAAUGGCAAUGGUUUUCUUGCCAAAGGGAGCCCUGUUGGCGGGGUGAACAAAAAAUCGUUCGAAAAGGAUUUUCCGUCAUUGGGAGCAGAGGAAAAAGCUGUUGCACCUGAAAUUGGAAGGGUUCCUUCUCCAGGCUUAACUACUGCCAUUCAGAGCUUACCUACAGCUACCUCGUCUUCUCUAGCUAAUGAAAAAUGGACAUCAGCUUUGGCAGAGGUACCGACUUUAGUUGGAAGUAAUGGUACGGUCUUGCCAUCUGUGACACAAGCCGCUCCUUCUGUUUCCAUGCCUGUGACAUUGGGCUCAACAAACAGUCUCAACAUGGCGGAAGCUGUGGCUCAGGGUCCUAGUCGUACUCAGACUUCUUCUCAGUUAUCUGUUGGAACUCAGAGGCUCGAAGAGUUGGCCAUCAAACAAUCGAGGCAAUUGAUUCCUGUGAAACCAACCUUCCCAAAAACAUUGGCAUUGAAUUCUAAUGAAAAGCAGAAGAGUAAAGUCGGUCAGCAGCAACAGCAUCCUGUUUCUUCAAUUCCGACUAACUUCUCUGCUCGUGGUGGAUCUUUAAAACCCGAUGUUACAAAGGGAUCUAAUGGGGGGAAGCUCCAAGUCCUCAAGCCUGUACGUGAAAAGAACGGUGUCAGCCCUGUUGCAAAGGAUAAUGUGAGUCCGAAUGGGAGCAAAGCUGCAAAUUCUGCACCUGCUGCUCCGCCAUUGCUCUCUGUUUCUGCUGCAACCCGAGGCCUACCAGCUACUGUGGUUGAUAAGCGGCCAUCCCCUCAAGCUCAGAGUCGAAAUGACUUCUUUAAUCUUGUGAGAAAGAAGUCGAUGGCGAACUCCUCGUCCACUUUCGAAUCAUCUCAUAAUUCUGCAUCACUUUCGGAUGCUUCCACUGCUGUUCCUCAAUCUUAUGUAGAUGUGAAGCAUGAUUCUGAGAUGGAGGCUGUGUCGGGCGGUAACAAUUCUGAGGCGCUGUACGAACCGUUACAUUCUCAGGAGAAAUCUGACUCUACCUCCAAUGGCGAUGAUGCGCAGAAGUAUGCAAUUUAUGGGAAUAAAUAUCUUCGGAUUCCUUCUGAGGAAUGCGAGAUUGCAUUUUUACGACUGUUGGGCUGGGAAGAAGACGGUGAGGAUGAAGGUCUUACUGACGAAGAAAUCAACGAUUUUAUCACUAAGCAUGUCACUUCAAAAUCAUCGCCUUUCAACGGCACGCUACUGCGCGUGUCUCCUCUCAACUAAAAAUCGCAGGUAUCGAUGACAUUUCCUCCGGUUUGAGCUUCACCUGAUGCUAAACUCUUAUACGGCACAGUCUCGAUUUCCAUCCAUAUACCUUUGUUUUGCUGGAGAAAGCCUGUGUUUACUGAUCUUGUGUGUUCAUUGGUUUCGAAGUAGAUAACAAAAGAGGGGGGAAAUUAGGGGGUGUAUUCGAUAGUUUGAUGCAAAUGAAAUAGGAAUAAGUCACCGAUGGCUAAAUGCUCCUUCUUCGCCCGGCCCUUGUCGGGUCUAGGCUUUAUCUACUAGAGAUAUAUAUAGUAGAAAUAGGGUAUUUAUGAUCGAAAACAAAGAAAGAAGAAACACAGACAGGCAAGCAGAUAUAUUGCUCUUCUGCACAUCAAUUUUUUUUCUCCCUUUUUGAACAGGGAUGGAUGGCAAUGAGAUGAUCUUUUGGAAA